AAAAGUAACAGGAAAAAAAGGAAAACAGAGUUUCACUUACAGAAAUGGGUGAUGGUUCAUCGCGUCUUCUUGAUCAAACAUUUGUUGAUCGGUUACGGAAGAUGUUUGAUAUUUCGGAUCCUCGUUGCCUUCUUCCUAAAGUAUUUUUUGGUAUAUCAACUAAGGAAGCUGUUGAUCUUGCUUUGAAUCCUGAGCGUUCAGACGUUUCUAAAGAGAUUCUCCUUGCUGCAAAGAAAAUAAGAGCUGCUAACGUUCAUCCUGACACCAACCAAAUAAUCUUCCCAGCUUUCAGGAUGUGCGGUUACGCGUUAUUUAACGCUCCCAUUACUUGUGGAAUGCUUAUUCCAGGGCAAUCCUUAUUAAAGCGUAUUUUUUGGCAAGCUCUCAAUCAGACUCAUAACGCGGCUAUUAACUACUCUAAUCGUAACGCAUCUCAAGAGACGUCCAUGGCCACGGUUCUUCAGGGCUACUUAGGCGCCCUUAUUAGUUCUGUGAGUAUAGUAGUUGGCCUAGGCGAAACAGUAAAGCGGUUGAAAUUCUCAGCAAAAACGAAAAAUGUGCUAAGCAGGUUCAUCCCGUUUCCUGCUGUUUCUGUUGCUGCUGUCUGUAACCUCGUUCUCAUGAGAAAAGCUGAACUGAAGACGGGGAUCGACCUCUACGAUGAAAGUGGAAAGCUUUACGGGAAUUCCCGAGUUGCUGCUGCGGAGGGGCUCUGGGCCACUGCGCUUACGAGAGUCGCCUUGUGCCUGCCAACUCUGUUGGUCCCUCCUGUCGUUAUGCUGGCCUUAGAAAAAGGAGUGCUGAAGCGGCGCCCCCACUGGCAGAUCCCCGUGCAGAAUAUAGUGUGCGCAGUAUCGUUUCUCGUGGGUCUUCCGUUUGCAAUAGCUUUGUUUCCGCAGGAGGGCUCUAUUGAGGCUAGAAAACUUGAAAAAGAAUUUCAAGGCUUAAAAAUUUUAGAUAAGCCCGUCACUCGGUUUUAUUAUAAUAAAGGUCUAUAAGCGCUAUUUUAUAACAUAAAACAGCUUUGAAGUACGGUGAAACUCCCUUUUUUUAUUUAUAAGAUU